AUGGAGCUGGUUACGGCUGGAAUUGUCGCAGAAUCCGGUCUGGACAUCAAUGCAACAGACGACCAUGGCAACACAUCUUUGGCAUCGGCAGCAAAGCACGGUAAUCUUCCACUGGCAAAGCAACUUUUGGGCUAUUAUGGCGUGGAGGUGGAUUCAAAGAACUUUUAUGGAAGAACUCCUCUUGCCCAAGCAGCGGCAUGGGGACAUACCGGUAUUGUGGAUCUGCUUCUCCAAAAUAAAGGGGUGGAUGUGAACUCCAAAGACAAUUACGGAAAUACGCCACUGGCUCUCGCCGCCGAGGAAGGGCACGAAACCGUGAUAAAAUCCUUGCUUGAGCGGAUGGAGAUCCAAGCCGAUUCGAGAAACGCCUUCAAUGCCACACCGUUAGCAUUGGCAGCUGAACGAGGACAUAAAGGAGUGGUGGUCAGUCUACUUCAGCGCCACGACGUGGAGGCCGACUCCAUUGAUAAGGAGGGCUGUACACCUCUUUCUCGGGCCGCGGCGAUGGGGUUUGAGAGCAUAGUUCGCCUACUUCUCAGCCAACCAGACGUGAAAGUCAACGCGAAAGACAAAGACGGAUAUGCUCCUCUGGCGUGGGCGGCUCGAAGGGGUCACAGUGCGGUUGUCCAAGCGCUGGUCGAAAGGGUUGAAGUGGAAAUAGAGUCGAAAGAUAAUGACGGGUAUACAGCACUUAUGUCAGCAAUGGAUGAAGGGCACGAAGAAGUCGUACAAGUACUGGUCGAAUCAAUCAAGACUCAGUUUGGAUAG